CCAAUCACAUCCUGCGUUCUAUACUACUUCGGCUCACUUGCAAAUAUGGCGUCUUCCUCAGCAAUCGAUUACGAAAUGAUAUGUGCGAAAUUUAACAUCGACGAAUUGAAAGAAUUUCAGAAAGACACGAUUUCAAAUUUAGUGAAAGGAAGAGAUGUGUUUUUGUCCGUAAAGACUGGAGGUGGGAAAAGUCUUUGUUAUCAGACAUUUGGUGUCAUAUGGCGUCAGCUUCAUGAUGAAAACUGUCAAGUGCUUGUGGUAACGCCACUUAUUUCGAUUAUGAAAGAACAGUUUCAAUAUCUCAGUUCGCUUAGAUUUACAGCCACAUAUAUUGGAAAGGAUGAAGAUGUUAUAUGUUUGGAAGAGAGGUUCGACUUCUUGUUUUCCUCUCCAGAAAACAUAUUAGGUGUCUCAGCUUAUAGAGAUAUGUUAAGCAGAAAUGAGAGCAUCAAGUUGUUGGUAGUGGAUGAGACCCACAAUGUUUUACACUGUGGAGAAUCUGAUGCAGGUGAAGCUCCAUUUCGAGCUUGGUAUGGUAAGCUUGGUGAAGCUCGUUCUUUGAAUGCAAUGCAAAGCAAUGCAAAAAUGUUGACCAAGACAUGCGUGACUAUAUUUCCAAUGAAACUACUUGUCGAAGACAAGUUAUAUUAA